UUGUACUCCAUUUUGGCUCCUCCAACCGACUCCAGAAAACACUCACAAUAUCGCAUAUAUAAAAGCCAAAACACACAACACUCUCUCUCACAUUCGUAAUCGCAUCCCAAAUUUCAGACACAACACAAUCGGAGCACUCACAAAUUCUCGUCGCUUCUCUUCCCUUCGCCUUCAGGAACAUCGAGAAGGCAUGAGCUUGCAAUCUCGAAGAGAACGGAGGGAUCGACCUAGGGUUCCAUCACAAGCUGCUGCUGCUGCUGCUCCUCGUCAGCAAUGGGUUCCCAGAGGGAGUGCAGCAGGAGGAGGAGCAUCAUCCAACAACACUGUUCUGCCGCCGCAGCCAUCCAUUUCAAUUCCUCAUCCAUAUCAGAAUGCUGUUGCUGCUGGUUCCUCCGAUCAAGGGGUUGCUGCUGCUGUGGCUGCGGCUGCUCCACCGGCUGCGGCUCACCGUAGAAACAAUCAGAAGGUGGAAAGGGAGAGGGAGAGGGAGAGGGAUAGAGGGAAAAGCAGGAAUCAGCCGGGGAGGGAAGUGGGACUCAGAGACACUAGUUUGCCUCAGUUGGUGCAGGAGAUUCAGGAGAAGCUGAUGAGAGGAACUGUGGAAUGCAUGAUUUGCUAUGACAUGGUUGGGAGGUCUGCGGCUAUUUGGUCUUGCUCGAGCUGCUACUCAAUUUUUCACCUGAGUUGCAUCAAGAAGUGGGCACGGGCACCCACCUCGGUUGAUUUGACGGCGGACAAGGAUCAAGGGUUUAAUUGGCGGUGUCCAGGUUGUCAAUAUGUGCAGCGGACGUCUCAUAGGGAGAUUAGGUAUGUUUGCUUUUGUGGGAAGAGGCCAGACCCUCCUUCUGAUUUAUAUCUGACACCGCAUUCUUGUGGGGAGCCGUGUGGGAAGCCUCUUGAGAAGGAGGUGUUGGCUGCAGGAGGGAGAGAGGAUGAUCUUUGCCCUCAUGUUUGUGUCUUGCAAUGCCAUCCAGGUCCUUGCCCUCCUUGUAAAGCAUUUGCCCCUCCGCGCUUGUGCCCUUGUGGGAAGAAAAGAAUCACCACCCGUUGUUCUGAUCGGAAGUCUGUUCUUACCUGUGGCCAGUGCUGUGAUAAGCUUCUUGAAUGUGGACGGCAUCGGUGUCAACAGACUUGUCAUGUGGGUCCUUGCGGUCCUUGUCAGGUUUUGUUCAAGGCCUCUUGCUUUUGCAGUAAAACUACUGAGGUUCUUGGUUGUGGGGACAUGGUGGUGAAAGGUGAAUUGAAGGAAGAAGGUGGAGUUUUUUCUUGUAGUUCCAGCUGUGGGAAGAAACUUGGUUGUGGUAAUCAUGUUUGUAGUGAUAUGUGUCACCCAGGCAGUUGCGGGGAAUGUGAGCUUUUACCAAGCCGGGUUAAGACAUGCUGUUGCGGGAAGACAAGAUUGGAGGUGGAUCGUGAAAGUUGUUUGGAUCCAAUACCCACCUGCUCACAGGUAUGUGACAAGCUUCUCCAUUGCGGGAAACAUACUUGUAAGGAGCAUUGUCAUGUUGGUGAGUGUCCUCCGUGUUUAGUUCUAGUUUCACAGAAAUGUCGCUGUAGCUCCACUUCACGAACUGUGGAGUGCUUUAAGACAGUAAUGGAGAAUCAGAUGUUUACCUGUGAAAAGCCUUGUGGGAGAAAAAAGAACUGUGGGAGGCAUCGAUGUAGUGAAAAGUGUUGUCCACUUUCUAAUCCAAACAAUAAUUUAAGAGAGGGUUGGGAUCCUCAUUUUUGUUCAAUGCCCUGUGGAAAGAAACUAAGAUGUGGCCAGCAUGCUUGUGAGUCAUUGUGUCACAGUGGCCAUUGCCCACCUUGUCUUGAAACGAUAUUCACUGAUUUAUCAUGUGCUUGUGGUAGGACUUCAAUUCCUCCUCCUCUUCCUUGUGGUACACCGCCUCCUUCAUGUCAGCUUCCUUGUUCAGUUGCUCAGCCGUGUGGCCAUGCAGGCUCUCAUAGUUGCCAUUUUGGAGACUGCAUUCCUUGUCCAGUGCCAGUGGCUAAAGAAUGUAUUGGUGGGCAUGUAGUUCUUAGAAAUAUACCCUGUGGCUCAAAGGAUAUCAGAUGCAAUAAUCCAUGUGGAAGGACCAGACAGUGUGGUUUACAUGCAUGCGGCAGAACAUGUCACCCCCCACCUUGUGAUAGUCUAUCUGGUGGUGUGCAAGGUUUCCAAGCACCAUGUGGCCAAACGUGCAGUGCUCCAAGGAGAGACUGCCGGCAUACAUGUAUGGCUCCAUGCCACCCUUCAUCUCCUUGCCCUGAUAUAAAAUGUGAAUUCCCUGUUACAAUCACUUGUUCUUGUGGCCGUAUAACAGCAAGUGUUCCUUGUGAUGCUGGUGGUAGCAUUAGUAAUUACAAUGCUGAUGCCAUUCAUGAAGCUUCCAUUGUUCAAAAAUUGCCUGUGCCACUUCAACCAGUUGAUUCAAAUGGCAGAAAAGUUCCCCUUGGACAAAGAAAGUUGAUGUGUGAUGAGGAAUGUGCAAAGUAUGAGCGUAAAAAGGUUCUUGCUGAUGCUUUUGACAUCACUUCAGGUCUGGAUUCUCUCCAUUUUGCUGAGAGCUCUGUUUCUGAAUUGCUCUCUGAUAUGUUCAGACGUGAUCCAAAAUGGGUUUUAGCUGUGGAGGAGAGAUGCAAAUUUUUGGUACUUGGCAAGAGUAGAGGAACUACACAUGGUUUAAAAGUCCAUGUUUUUUGUCCUAUGCUGAAAGAUAAAAGAGAUGCAGUGAGAUUGAUUGCUGAAAGAUGGAAGCUUGCAGUGAACGCUGCUGGUUGGGAGCCAAAGCGGUUUAUUGUAAUAUCUGUUACCCAAAAAUCAAAAGCCCCAGCUCGCGUGCUAGGAGUUAAGGGCACCACAACAUUGAACACACUCUUUCCUCCUGCAUUUGAUCCCUUGGUAGAUAUGGACCCUCGACUUGUUGUUUCAUUUCCAGACUUACCAAGGGAUGCUGAUAUUAGUGCUUUGGUGUUGAGAUUUGGUGGUGAGUGUGAGCUUGUUUGGUUGAAUGACAAGAAUGCUUUAGCUGUUUUUCACGAUCCUGCCCGAGCUGCAACUGCAAUGAGGAGAUUGGAUCAUGGAAAAGUUUAUCAGGGCGCUGUGUCAGUCGUCCCAAAUGCCGGGGCAUCAGCGGCAUCUUCAGCUACCAAUGCUUGGGGAGGAACCGGGACAGUGAAAGAGGGAGGAGCUUUGACUGCAUUGAAAGGUAAUCCGUGGAAAAAAGCUGUGGUUCAAGAGGCUGGUCGGAAAGAAGAUUCUUGGGGGGAUGAAGAAUGGGCUACUACUGGUUCUGCUAAUAUACAGCCAUCUGUUUUGAAGAAAGCAGCUCCAAUAACUGCUUCACUAAAUCGUUGGAAUGUCUUAAACCAGGAAUCAAGUUCGAGUUCAUCGGUUACAACAGGUAGAGCUGAAGUUUCUGGGAAACAGAAAGAAAGCAGUGCUGUCUCAAAGUCGGUGUCUGAUGCAGGUGGCUCAAAUGAAGAAGGGAAGCAACAUGGAGAUAAUUCAGAUGCAGCAGAGGUUCCUGAAGUAGUAGAUGAUUGGGAGAAGGCUUAUGAAUGAGGAAAGGAAGGGACAGGUAGCAAACAGUUUUUAUUGUUAGAAAUUUUAUCCUUCGAAAAUUAGACAUGAAGCAAAAGGCCUCUUUGCCUAGAUUUAUCUUUUUUUUUUGGCAACUUGAGGUUAUUUAUGUUUUGAAUUCGAAGUCAUUGGAUUGUUAAUAGACAGAUUGAAAGAUAGGGUAUCAGGGUAUAGAAAAACUGCAGUUUGUAAAAGAGAUUUGCAUUUAGUUUAUCAAAGACCUUUUUAGACUGAAAA